AGACAAGUGCUUGGGACAUUGAGUCCCGUUUUGAGCCAUUGAGGCCGUUUCCCCUGCUCCGGUUGUGACCAGUCGUUCUUCGGGAUUACCCUGUGUUGCACCUCAUGAACUCCUUGGAACAGACACCAGUCGGGAAUAACCAGCGCUGUUACCGAAAGAGACACCGGAUUCUGAGAUCCUGCAUUGAGUGCCAUCGUCGCAAACAAAAGUGUGACCGUCUCCGACCGUGUCAGCACUGCACGGGUCGGGGGAAGCCGGUAGGGCUCCUGGUACGAUGUCUACGGUGUACUCUGAUGUAGGGACCACAGGAGCUAUGCCGUUACGAAAGUAACGACAACCAAUAUGGCCAACGCCGCGCCACAGAUGCAGGUAUGGCCAGCUCUGGUGAGAGCAGGAUCGAAUCUUCCACGACGUCGUAUUCGUCGUCACUGCCAGAGACGAAUCCGUUAUCCCCGCAAGACCAUAUGGACCUGGUCAGCAUUUUGGGUUAUUCCACUCACAGUGAACACAAUACCUUCAGCUUGGUCAAAAAGGUGGGGGCCACCUCUUCAUCCACUUCGAGCCCUCUGUCCACCUUGAAUAGCAAGCAAAGAGCGCUGGACCACAAAUAUCAAUCCCUGAUCCGUCAGUUACCACCAAAGGAGCAUAUCGACAUCCUCGUGCAGCAGUUUUUCUCGGAGAUCAAUUGGCACUACGACGUGAUCGACGAGAUCACCUUUCGUCAGCAGCUCGAGACGUGGAUUCGCAUCCCUUACUCGGCUCAUAGCAAUGCGAUGAGUGUCCUGCCCGCUGACGUCCGUGCAUUUCCUUCCCUUCUUUUCCAGGUUAUGGCCCAUGCGUUGAUCCAUCAACCGGUGGCCGACGGAACUUUCUCACGUCUUGAAUCCCUGAAAUACGCAUCGGAGAUGACAUUCGUCGAUUUGGCAUGUGACUUCUCCGAAGCUGGCUUCUCAGCCCUGGAAACGAUGGGAAAGGGGGAAGUGACCUUUGUGGCGGUACAGUCAGGGCUCCUGCGGGCAUCCUUGUUGAAAAAUACCGGAAAUGUCAUCGAGGCAUGGCAUGUUCUCGGCACCGCCAUUCGGGACGCGCAGGAAAUCGGGCUCCAUGCAGAACUGGCCUCACCAGACUCGUCGGCAAGCAUUGACGCUCAGUGGGAUAAGGAGAUGAGGCGCAGGAUCUGGUUUGUGCUGCAUAACUGGGAUAUUCACAUGGCUGUCGUGCUAGGGAGACCUAUCACGACCAUGAUGGCCGCGGGAAACAAGCUUUCUCUUCCGGACGACCUGGCACGCAGAGAGAGUGGAACACCGCCGAGAAAGAGAACGGGCCACGACCCUCCCACUCCAUCCAGUGUGAUUCGUGUUGGUUACGACGUUGCGUACCGAUAUUUUCCACAAGUCCAUCGCCUUGAGAGCCGUGGAGCACGGACAGAAGACUACAACAUGGUUCGAGAGACGCACGCCACGAUCGUGGAGAACAUGGACCGUAUCCCACUUUGGUGUCGAGAUGAAGACCCGGAUGUCCACUUUGAAGAAUUAACAGGGUGCCACUGGCUCCCGGCGGCACGCCUGGCAUUGACGAGCGGGAUUUAUUUUGUCUUGCUCUCGCUGCAUCGACCUUACAUAUUCAGCGUGGCUGAAAGUCGGACCGAGGCACUCGCGGCGGCGCUCAAGAUCGUCACAGUCCAGAGGCGAUUGUUUCAGCUGUCAGCACCGCAGCAGAACAUCUCAUUCAACAUGGUCUACCCAUUGUUUGACGCAAUGGUCAUUUCACUGGCCACGAUUGUGCUCUUUCCGAAUGAGAACCUCGACAUGCUCUCGGAAAUGGUCCAAAAUCUGCGCUGGGGUAUGGACAUGCUCAGCAAGAUCGGCGAACACAGUGCCAUGGCUCGGGCGGCAUACGGCGUUGUGAAGAAGCUGUUCUCCCACUUGGAGAAAGCUGGCGGACACGCUCUUCAGCACUCGAGUCACACAAGCGAGGGCGUGACAGAAGGUUCGGCCACUGGGACCACAGGUCUGAACCCAGGUUUGCCAGUGGGCAACGCCGACGCUGAAUUCUUGUCACCGAGUUGCCCGCAAAUGGAGUGGAGGACGCUGGACCCUCCCCAUUUUGACGUUGAGACUCUUUUGCCUCCGCAGCCAGUCCACGAUCUAUUCUAUCAAGACAUUUCUGCACCGGACAUACAGGACGCCUGGCAGGCCCCCGACCUUUUCGUAGGGGACCUAGCAUUCGACGGUCGUUACCCAGACAACAGUUUCUGGAGCUUCAUGAGCAACUUCAGUCUAUCGUGAGAAAAUGCAGAGGACGUUCAUGAUACUACAUAUAUCCCCUAAUUUUGUGUACUUUGGAUUCAAAAUCUGCAUACCU